UUGAACGUAGUCGUAUUAAAAUUAAAUUUUGAUUGCAAAAGUUAACACUUGUGAAAGUUAUGGAAUAUUUGUACAAACUCAUCCUGUGCAGUUUUCUUGUUCGCAACGUAGGUUGUUUGCAAUGCCUAAACUGCCACGAUGUGACAUCACCGGAUUCGUGUCAAGGUCGACUGACAUGUGCAGCAGGACAGUCGUGCUACCAGCAGAGUCACCGGACAUCGGCAGGAACCGUUUAUGAUAUGGGAUGUAGGGAUACAGCGGUGUGUGCUCUGAAGGAGACUGUCAUUGUUGGUCGGUCCGUGGAGAAGCGCCAACAGGCAGACUGCCACAAGUGCUGCUCUGUUGAUUUUUGCAACGACAACAUUUGCUCCUUUGGUACUGUUCCUGAACGUUUCUUAUUGUUUACUGACACAAUAAACGCUGCUAUAUAUCGAAUGGACAUGGCCACACAAGGAUACGUGAAAAUCAUUUCGCUCAACCCAACGCUAGCCAACCCCGUUGCAGUGGAUUACGACAAUGAGCAUCAACACGUGUACUUUACUGACGUUCAGGCUAAACUGAUCAUGCAGACUGAUAUAGUAGGGACAGGGUACACGUUUAUAGAGAAACUCUCCACCAGUUCAGUGCCGGACGGAAUGGCUAUUGACGCGGGUGCGCGCCUGUUGUUUUACACGGACACAGGAACCAAUGUGAUCAGCGUGGUGGACCUGGACUCGCACCGCCAGACUGUUAUCAUCGACCAAGGCCUGGACGAGCCAAGGGGCAUCGUGCUCGAUAAAACAAACAGGAAAAUGUACUGGACGGACUGGGGCAGCGUUCCAAAGAUAGAGGUUGCCAACUAUGAUGGGUCAAACAGGCACAUGAUUAUAACAUCUGGACUGAGACUCCCAAAUGCAAUUGCACUUGAUGCUACAGGUCAGACAAUCUACUGGGCGGAUGCUGGAACGACACAAAUUGAAAAGGCAAAUGUUGACGGAAGCAACCGACAAACUCUUUAUACAAAUACAAGCUCCCAUUUCUAUGGAUUGGCUUUAAGUGGGCAAUAUCUUUACUAUACCGACUGGAAUGCUCACUCUAUUAUGCGGUUGUCCGUUGCUGGCGGUGCUGCUACUGAAUUCGGAAAGGCUGCGUUCGGUAGACUCAACGAUGUGUAUGCGGUGUCGGCGGAAACGUCUUCGACCGGAUCAAAUGCUUGCACAAACAAUCAUGCAGGCUGCCAGCAUAUAUGUUUGCCAUUGGGAAAUAACGGUAGAACAUGUGUUUGUCAAGAAGGCUACACGCUGCAGUCUGACGGAACUUCCUGUUCUAGCGGGUUGAGUGUGCGCCUUGCCGGGGCAAACUCGACAAGUCGGGGUCGAAUCGAGGUUUCCCUCGACCAUGGCAGCACGUGGGGGUCCGUCUGUGACGACAGGUUUGAUCAGAGUGACGCCAAUGUGAUCUGUGGGAUGCUUGGAUUUUCAAGGUCCAAUGCAAUACCCAAGAACAGCUCGUUUUUCGGGCCGGCCGAGACGUCGUAUCCGAUACUGCUGGACGACAUUUUCUGCACCGGAAAUGAGGCGUCUAUCCUCGAGUGCUCGCACAGCCCGCUCGGGCUUACUGACUGCGACCAUAAUGAGGAUGCUGGCGUCAUCUGUGCUACAGAGGGACAGGUUUACUUGUCGGGUUCGACAUCAAGCAACCAAGGACGAAUAGAAAUAUUUUUAAACGGCCGUUGGGGAACGAUUUGUGACGACAAUUUCGGUCAAACGGAGGCUAACGUGGUCUGUGGUAUGUUAGGAUUUCCCAGGAACGGAUCUGUUGCAAAGGGUUCGGCGUAUUUUGGAGCGGGUGUGCAGUCGGAAUCCGUACACCUGGACAAUGUGGGCUGCUCGGGCUUGGAGACGUCCGUGGUCAACUGUGCACACAGCCAGGUGGACACAAACAACUGCGGACACCGCGAGGACGUCGGCGUCAUUUGUCCUUCAUUGUAUCCGGCCCAGGUUCGGCUAACGGGCGGUGUCACACCGACCGCAGGUCGCGUUGAGAUCUCCGUUGACAAUGGGGUCACGUGGGGGACCAUCUGUGACGACAGCUUCCAAACGGCCGAGGCCGGGGUUGUGUGUAGUAUGCUGGGAUAUGAGAGACAAGGGGCCAUAACAACGAGUCGGUUUGGGUCUGGGUCGAGCAGCAUGAAGAUCCUGCUUGAUGACGUAAAUUGUCGGGGCUCCGAGACAAACAUCAUCGAUUGUCAGCAUAGCGCGGUCGGUGUCAAUAAUUGUGGUCAUAGCGAAGAUAUCGGCGUUUCUUGUCUGUCCACGUCGAUGUCAGAUGUUCAGAUACAUUUGGCGAAUGGGUCUUCCUCAAGGGAAGGGCGGGUGGAGAUCUCCGUGGACGCUGGGACCACGUGGGGAACCGUUUGUGAUGACGGGUUUGGCAACACGGAGGCGGGUGUCGUCUGUGUCAUGCUUGGAUACGAGAGAGGAUCCGCUAUUACGAAAUCGAUUUCCUACUUCGGCAAAGGAUCGACAUCGCAGCACAUCCUGUUAGAUGACGUCGACUGCGUGGGGAGCGAGGCGAACAUACUCGCUUGCCGGCACAGCCCCAUCGGUGUGAACGACUGUGGACACAGCGAGGACGUCGGUGUUUCUUGUCUAAACGCGAACAACUUCCGUGUGCGUCUUGUGAGCCGUUCUACCUCACACGAAGGUCGGGUGGAGGUUUCGGAUGACAGCGGUGUCACGUGGGGCACGGUUUGUGAUGACGGCUUUGGGGACACGGACGCCGGGGUCGUGUGUAACAUGCUCGGAUAUUCCAGGACGGGAGCAGUAGCACAAGGAGCUACGGUGUACGGUCCGGGCUCGUCCUCCUCGCCCAUUCUGCUAGAUGACGUAGACUGCACAUCCGCCGACACAAGCAUCUUCUUCUGCAGACACAAUGGUAUCGGGGUGGAAAAUUGUGGCCACCACGAGGAUGUCGGCGUACAGUGUCCAAGCGCGUGAUGAACGAAAGGGGCAGUUGUUUGAUAUACGUCAACAGUUUCAUUUUAAGCGUAACUUACAUAAACAUUGAAUAAAACAUUACAUUACUAGUCAA